CAAUCGCUGUCGUGAAUUCAGUCGUCGUAGAUUUGCACAUUUCAGAUCCAGCCAUGCCUAUCAAGGAUCGGCUGGCUAGCUUGAAGAGGUUCAUUAGCAAAGACGAGCCAGAUCUAGAGAAUGGGGUCAUCACAGUGCCUACAGAGGAAGAGGAAACUACUGAUUAUUUCCUACAAAGGGUGCAUUCAGUUCGGGAAGCGAUCACAGAAAUGGACUCUGUAGUGGAACUAAUCCGACAGAUGCACAGCCUUUUGCGAGUUUCCAACAGCACUCCGGACGUCGAUAGAGAGAGGCUUCGGCUACUGUUUGAGAAACUGUCAGAAGUCAUCGAAGAAUUUUCUCAUGAUCUCGACAAAGCCGUUGCAGCCGUCAACGAUUUUCAUGAUGAAGUAAAACUCUCCACUGAUAAGAGGUGUGCACACUAUCGCAUGAGGAAGAAUCAGACUGAAAGUCUGAAGAAGUCGCUGCACUCAGUGAUCCUUAAGUUUCGAAAAGAAGAGGUACCGUUCCUCCAAGAAUCCAAGCCGACUGCUGAACAACACUUGAGAGAGUUCAACAUGAAACCUGUCGUAGGAGCUGGGCUAGCUCGCAUUGAAGUACCUGAUCAAGAAACUGUUGCUGAUAAUGUAGAACAUUGCACUCGAUUGCUAAGUCCAGGAUUGGAGAUAAACGAUGUGGAAAAGGGCAACGAAGCUGAGAAAGAGGAGGAGGAGGUAGCCACGCCAUCACUGAAGGUUGAGGAGAUCGAUGAGGAGAAUGCGAACAACGAACAGAAAGCAGCUUUGGAAGAAAUCAAGCAAAGGAACGAGGAUUUGCAUAUUCUUGAAGAGGCAGUUGCCAAAGUGAACGCACUGCAUGAGCAUCUAAACUUCAUCGUCCACACGCAGAACGCCUACACUGACAGAAUUGACAAAAACAUCAGCGACGCAACUGAAUAUACUGCAAUGACUGCCAAAAAUCUGGAUGAAGCGUUGCGUCUGAGAAGCGAGGAAAGAGAGAAAAGGAUCCUGGUGUUCAUAUUCAUCGCUGUUGCCACAUUCAUUCUUUUCCUAAUCAUCGUUACUUACAUCAAAAUAUCGGUAGCGGCCGUUCCAUAG